UAAGUUAGCGUGGCUUGGAAUUCUCAUGUGUUUCAUUGUUUCUUUGUUUACCUUUUUCCAAAGUAUGUCUUGUACACAAAUAUCUAAUCACCGUGAAUUGUCGUGAAUGUUAAAAAGCGCGUGCGCGCUCACGUGCAACGUGAAAAUCACACGCGCGAGAGAUUUAAAAUUAGACUCCACUCUCUGUACAGCUACGCAUACCAACAUUGUAUGGGAAAGAUGCGUUCGACUUCUGCCACCUGAUACUGUUUGGUUCACCAAGUUCACAUUCCCCCAGAUAUUAAUAUGAGCUCUCCCGCUCUUUGUCCACACGAGAGCCGGAGUAGACAUUGUUCAAUAAUUUUCACACUAAUACGAGGACGACGGACUUUUCUUGGUGAAAUUUCCAAGAUCUUUCAUACACCUUUUCGUUUAGGGUCAAAUUUGUGAUUUUUGUUAUAGUUUUCCUGUAUUUACACGGCCUUCAGUUAUAAACUACGAUGGAUAUUUCCAGUGAUGUUUGGAAUCAAGUCGCUCUAGAAGCGUCCCAGCUAUAUUUCACCGAGGACGGCAAGAGCCCCUUCGCCAAUACGACGAUCGAGAAACUACCGGAUAAGGUGAUUUUGCAUAUCUUUUCGUACCUCAGUCACCUGGAGAUAUGUCGAAUGGCGAUGGUCUGCCGUCGUUGGCGUACGAUCGCAUACGAUACCAAGCUAUGGAAGAACGUGUCCCUGAGACCUGAAGUGUCAGGAUUGCAUGUGGGCUCCUUGGAGCAACUACUGCAAAUGAUAUCGGUGCGCUUCAGUGCAUCACUACGCUACAUCGAGCUGCCGAUCGAGCUUAUCACCCACACUGUGCUGCACGAGCUGGCUAGCAAAUGUCCCAACUUGACUCAUAUGUUGCUGGAUUUCUCCACAGCUAUGCAGCUGCACGACUUCAGCGAGAUGCAAGCGUUCCCCGCUAAACUGCGGUAUAUGUGUAUUUGCUUGUCCGAGGUGAUCUUCAUGGAGGGUUUCAUGCGCAAAAUCUACAACUUCAUCAACGGUCUCGAAGUUCUACACUUGAUCGGCACCUACGAAAAAGGCGAAGAAGAAGAGGAGGAAAUCUAUGAAGUCAUCAACGUUCACAAGCUGAAAUCGGCUACGCCGAAUUUGCGAGUGAUCAAUCUGUACGGAAUCAACUUCAUCGACGACUCACACAUUGAUGCUUUCAGCUCUAAUUGUAUCCAACUGGAAUGUCUGGCAGUCAAUUACUGCAGUAAAGUUACUGGUUCAACAUUGAAGCCUCUGCUGGCCCGCUCUAAGCAGCUCAAGUGUUUGCUGAUGAAUGGCACUGACCUCAAAUCGGAGUACGUAAUGCAAGCCGAAUGGGACAAAUGCUCCGUCCAAGAGCUAGACAUAUCCGGUACCGAUCUGUCCACGGAAUGCUUAAUUGACUUAUUGACUCGUAUCCCCUCUCUUCGCUUCAUUAGUGCUGGCCAAAUCAAUGGAUUCAAUGAUUCAGUCCUCAAGGCAUGGGCUGAAAGUGGCAACCCAAAGACUUUAGUUGCUUUGGACAUUGAUUCUUCAGAUAACAUAUCCGAUGAGGCUUUGGGCAGAUUCAUUACACGCUAUGGAGCACAGUUGCAAGCAUGUGUACUCUCGGGAAUGACACAUAUUACAGACCAGCUGUGGAUGACCAUUCUGCCCAUUUUGGUCAAUGUGAAAAUCAUCGUGAUGGGAACAACUGAAAGGUUAAUCGGUAACAUACAUGUUGAUCAGCUGAUGGAUACUAUUGGAUCGUCCUGCCCAGCGUUGGAGAGACUGGAGCUGCGUUGGGAUCCUGAGAAUUUGCGUUUUUCAGAUAAGAGCCAAAAAGCUAUUGAUAUGCUUCGUGUUAAAUGCUUGAAACUACGCUGUUUGGUUCUGAGUGACGGCCGCUACUAUGAAACUGUUAAGGCGAAUUUCGAGCGCGCAGAUCGUACAACGGUGGUGCGGACCACGACAAGCUGCCGCGUUUCGGCUUACCACGUGCUCAGCAACUACAAUGAUUUGAUUUUCAACUAAAAGUUUAUAGAGAUUUCUCGUUUGUGUUCAUGUACAUAAUUCAGUCCAACAUAAUCGCUGAACACAUCUCUAUUCAAUCAUGAAUGAAAAGGUAAAACAAUAUUAAACGAACUAAUACAACCCAAUAAUGAAUGAGAAGGAGGUAUAUUUUAUUACAUAUGUAAACCAAUAGGAUAAUAAAAGAUAAAGACGGAAUGUUUGUUAGAU